AUGGCCUCAGGCGCGGUAGCGAACGCCCCUCCUGCAGGAGGGGCAACUGAUGUGAGCCUGGAGGAACCAAAGAAGAUGACGAGGGAAGAUUGGAGGAAAAAGAAAGAAUUAGAAGAACAGAGAAAACUGGGGAAUGCACCUGCUGAAGUGGAUGAAGAGGGAAAAGAUAUCAACCCUCAUAUUCCUCAGUACAUCUCCUCAGUGCCAUGGUACAUAGAUCCUUCCAAGAGACCCACGCUGAAGCAUCAGAGACCUCAGCCAGAGAAGCAGAAGCAGUACAACUCCUCUGGAGAUUGGUACAAACGAGGAGUUCAGGAGCAUGCCGUGGCCACGCGGUACCGCAAGGGAGCCUGCGAGAACUGCGGGGCCCUGACUCACAAGAAGAAGGAUUGCAUGGAGAGACCCAGGAAAGUUGGAGCAAAAUACACAGGCAUGAACAUUGCCCCAGAUGAGCACGUGCAGCCCCAGCUGAUGUUUGACUACGACGGGAAGCGAGACCGGUGGAAUGGGUAUAACCCAGAGGAGCACAUGAAAAUUGUGGAGGAGUACUCCAAGGUUGAUUUGGCCAAACGUACCCUGAAAGCCCAGAAACUUCAGGAGGAGUUGGCAUCAGGGAAGCUGGAGCAAGUGAACUCCCCAAGACACCAGUGGGGAGAAGAGGAAUCAAAUUCACAGACAGAAAGAGAUCAUAACAGUGAAGAUGAAGAUGAAGACAAAUAUGCAGAUGACAUUGACAUGCCUGGGCAGAACUUUGACUCAAAAAGACGCAUCACAGUCCGAAAUCUGCGCAUUCGGGAGGACAUUGCCAAAUACUUGAGGAAUCUAGAUCCAAACUCUGCUUAUUAUGAUCCCAAAACAAGGGCAAUGAGGGAGAACCCUUAUGCCAACACAGGCAAGAAUCCAGAUGAAGUUGGUUAUGCAGGUGACAACUUUGUUCGCUACACAGGCGAUACCAUUUCCAUGGCACAGACCCAGCUGUUUGCCUGGGAGGCUUAUGACAAAGGCUCUGAAGUUCAUCUUCAAGCAGAUCCUACAAAAUUAGAACUCCUCUAUAAAUCUUUCAAAGUGAAAAAAGAAGAUUUCAAGGCACAGCAGAAAGAAAGCAUCCUGGAGAAGUAUGGAGGACAAGAACAUUUAGAUGCCCCCCCAGCUGAACUUCUGUUGGCUCAAACAGAAGAUUAUGUGGAGUAUUCUAGGCAUGGAACAGUCAUCAAAGGACAGGAGAAAGCUAUUGCUUGUUCUAAGUAUGAAGAGGAUGUGAAGAUCAACAACCAUACAUGCAUUUGGGGUUCAUACUGGAAGGAAGGCAAGUGGGGUUACAAGUGCUGCCACUCCUUUGUCAAGUACUCCUACUGUACUGGAGAAGCUGGGAAGGAAAUUGCUAAUACAGAGGCAAGUUUAAUGGAGGAGCAGCCCGAGGAGGCAGAACACAUGACAAAACCCAAAACACUGAUGGAGAUCCACCAAGAAAAACAGAAAGAAAAGAAAAAGAAGAAGCAUAAGAAGAGCUCAAAUUCUGACAGUGAGGGUGAAGAGAAAAAGAAGCAAGAAAAACUAAAAAAGGCUCUUAAUGCUGAAGAGGCUCGACUUCUCCACAUCAAAGAAAUCAUGCAGUUAGAUGAGAGGAAGAGGCCAUACAACAGCCAGUAUGAAACCAGGGAGCCAACAGAAGAGGAGAUGGAGGCUUACAGAAUGAAAAGGCAGAGACCUGAUGACCCCAUGGCCUCUUUCCUUGGGCAGUAGUCACAGGAGGCACCAUUCCAGUACAUGAGACUUUUUCCAGUUGUUUACAGCUCUCUCUAGACAUUUGAUUCCCUUGCACCUGUCUAAAAUGGCAGAAACCUUUCUGUGCUCUGAAGAAAUUUGUGAAAGCUUCUUUCAGCAGACAUGAGCAGUCUGGUACUUACUGGAGUUCUGUAAAUGUGUUUGUAUGUAUACAAAUACAGGCACACAUAUACACACAUAUAUGUAAUAUAUGUAUAGAUUAAAUAAAUACACCUACUCUGUAAGAUCUAGAAGGAGAUCUGACUGAAAUCUUAGGUUUAUUUGGCCAACUAGUAUGUAUAUAUUUAUAUAUUUGGCCAACUAAUGCAUAAAGUUGUGAUACAGUAACACUGACUAGUCAGAAGAAAUGGUCAGCAGGUGUCAAUAUAGAACAAAAAUUGUUGACAAAAUUUGGCACAACUACUACUAGAGCUUCUUACUUGUAAAUUCUGUAUAUGACUUUAAAAGAAUACAGUUUCCUGAUCACUUUGCAGGAUGUACUUUGGAAAUGUAGAAGUUAAUUGCUUUGUUCUGGUUAAAUCAGUAUAAAGAUCUUAAAUGCUGUCUAGCCUUUUAAAUGAAAGGGUUGGGAGAAGCUGACUGUAGAGUUUUUAAAUUCCAGUUGUUUCUUCAGAUGUAUUUCAAAAGAAAUUUCAGUUGUAAAGAUCUGAGUUCUUGAUUUUCCUUUUGAUAACAGUGUCCUGUUCCAUGGUGUGACACCAAGUGUCAGGCUCUACUCCUGUGUGAGAACACGAAGCAGCAUCUGCUUUGGUUUGGCAAUGUUAGUCUUUAAACUGGGAGUUUUCCCCUUUUAACUGAUUAAAAGGUGAAGAACUGGGUGAAAAACUGCACAGCAUCACUUUAGAGUUGGAAGGCUUGGGAAUUAAUUCUGUUGAGGCUUAAACUGUUUUUCCAAGGAAAAACUGCUCAUUUCCACAAAUGAUUACAUACAGAAAA